AUGACGACAAAAGAAGCAAACGAAAUACAAGAAGUAGAUUAUCUCGAUAAACGUCGAGCAGCUCUUGAAGAAAUUGAUAAUGCAAAGUUCGAUUGGUUUCAUAUUCGUGCGUGCUUGGUAGCCGGUACAGGAUUCUUCAUGGAUGCAUAUGAUAUAUUCGCAGUCAAUUUCGCCUCUGCUAUGCUUGGAUAUGUCUAUUUUGCCCAUCAAAACAAUACGGUGCCAAAUAAUAUCGAUUUAGGUUUAAAGGUUUCAGCUUCUAUUGGGACUCUAUUAGGCCAAUUGAUAUUUGGCUGGAUGGCAGAUAGACUCGGAAGAAAGAGGAUGUACGGAAUCGAAUUGAUGAUUAUCAUUGUCGCAACGUUAGGCUCUUCUGUGUCCGGUGAUGGUUACGCAGUUACUGUAUGCGGUACCAUCAUGUUUUGGCGCGUAAUUUUAGGGUUCGGUAUUGGCGGUGACUAUCCCCUAUCGGCAAUCAUUACAUCGGAAUUUGCCAACAAAAAAAACAGAGGUGCGAUGAUGGCUGCAGUAUUCGCGAUGCAGGGAUUCGGGAUAUUAGCCGCAGCUAUCGUGGCACUUAUCGUAGUGGCUUCUUUUAAGAAUCGUAUUCAAGAUGAUGUUACUUCGAUUGACUACUGUUGGCGGUUAGUGCUUGGAAUAGGUGCGCUGCCCGGCUUAGUGGCUCUCUACUUUCGUCUCACGGUCCCAGAAUCUCCACGAUACACCAUGGAUAUAGAGCGUGAUAUUAACCAAGCGAGCCAAGAUAUCACAACCGUAUUGAGUACCGGUAAAUACAAGGAACGUGAAGUCGAUGAACCAGUCGUGCGAAUCGACGUACCAAAAUCAAGUUGGGCUGAUUUCGGGAAAUAUUUUGGAAAAUGGAAAAACGGCAAAAUUUUAGUUGGUACUGCGGUGUCAUGGUUCGCGUUAGACGUUGCAUUCUACGGAAUCGGUCUCAACAACUCAAUCAUAUUGAAUGCCAUUGGCUUUUCGAAUGAUCCCGAUCCUUAUACUUCACUUAAAAAUAUUGCGGUUGGUAACAUUAUUAUCUCCGCCAUGGGUACUGUUCCUGGAUAUUGGUUUACCGUAUUAUUUGUAGACAGAUGGGGUAGAAAAACUAUUCAAUUGAUGGGAUUUACUGUCCUCACUAUACUCUUUAUUGUCGUGGGUGCCGCCUAUCAUCAAAUUAAAAAUGCCUCCAUAGCUUUGUUCAUCGUCUUUUUCACAUUAUUACAGUUCUUCCUAAACUUUGGUCCCAACACAACCACAUUCAUAGUACCAGGAGAAGUCUUCCCGACGCGUUACCGAUCAACCGGUCAUGGCAUUUCGGCGGCAUCCGGAAAACUUGGCGCCAUUAUUGCACAAGUUGGAUUCUCGAAAUUGAAAGAUAUUGGUGGAAAGAAUGAAUUUGUACCGCAACUGCUUUUAAUCUUUUCCGCAUGGAUGUUUAUCGGUUUACUGUCAUCAUUGUUAAUACCAGAAACAAAAGGGUUGUCACUGGAAGAAUUAUCUAAUGAGGAUUUGUUUCCCAAAGAGGAAAAGGAAAAGAAAGAACGAAAUUAA